GUUAUAAGUCAGUGUCAGUUCAGUUACAUGCGUUUAAAAUUCAAGUUUCUUUAUUCGCAUUCAGUCAUUCAUCAUAUCAUUUAUUUCAUCAUAAGUAUGGGUACUAAUGCCUAGAUAUAAAAAUUAUUGUUAUCCAGAAAAUUGCUUUGAUCCUUGCUGCCAAACUUCCAGGUCACGUAGAAGUGAUGAAGAAGAUCUUGCAUCAAACAUAAAAGAAUUCCAGCUACAGAAAAUAUAUAACACAAACGAUAAAACAGCACAAUUCAAUACUUUGAUCAAAACUGAUAAAUCGGUUAUAGUGGAACAUAAAAAGUCGUCGUUAAGUAACAGAGAAAAGAACAAACCUAUAGAAAUAUCAGAAGUUGAUUUAACUAAGAAAUCUCUUAAAUCACUGUUUAAUCCAUUUAAAGGUAAAUCGCCGAAAAGAACUAAACGUAAAAAUGACAGUGAUGAAGAGCCUAAUGAAAAAGUAUCAGUGAUUCAUAAAUUAGAUGAACCUGUUGGCCAAAACAGUUCAUCUAGUUUGUCUCCAAGAACACAGGAAUUAAAAUCAAACGAUAUAAAUUAUGAAUUAUCUUUCAGUGAUGCUAUCAAAAUUAAAAUCGAAUACCAAAAACUGAUAGAUAUUAUUUGGACAAGCUGCUUUAGGGUGCUAUUUGGGCCAUCUUUAGAUGAAACUAUUGUAGCGUCUGUUGAUACUGUUCAUUGCAUUAUGCAACUUAGAUACCAAUCAUGUUGAAAAUUUAAUCGAAAAGCAAUAAAUAAAGAAUUAAAAAUAA